AUGGUCCCUACUCUCCCAGAUACUACUCUUACCCAAAAGCAAUGUUUCAUAAUUGGUACCCGCAAAUCACAACUUGCCUUAGCUCAGGCUGAGCUCGUGCGCGAAACUCUGCAGAAAUGGUACCCUCAUAUUGAAUUCAGAGUUCACUCAAUGUCAACGACCGGCGACCGGGUUCUCAAUGUGGCCCUGAAUAAAGUUGGAGAAAAGAGCUUAUUUACCAAGGAAUUCGAGAUUGCCUUGCAAGACGGCCAAGUCGAUUUGGUGGUACACAGCCUGAAAGACUUGCCGACAGUCCUGCCACCCGGAAUGCAUCUCGGUGCGGUAACGAAACGUGAAAACCCUCAUGAUGCCAUGGUAAUCUCAAAGAAACAUAAAGAGCAUACACUGGCCACACUACCAAAAGGAUCGGUAGUUGGUACGAGCAGCUUGCGUAGAGUGGCUCAAUUAAAACGAAGAUAUCCUUUAUUGAUCUUCAAGGACAUUCGUGGAAAUAUCAACACGCGAUUAAUGAAGUUGGAUUCGGCUAAUGGUGAAUUCGAUGCUAUAAUUUUGGCUGUAGCGGGUCUGAGACGCCUUGGAAUGGGAGACCGGAUUACUCAAAUUAUUGGGCCAUCCGAUUCAUUACAUGCUGUUUCUCAGGGUGCCCUUGGCAUUGAAUGUCGAGAAGAUGAUGUAGAAUGCCGACAGCUGUUGGAAAAAUUGAAUCAUGACCAGACACGUAUAAUGUGUUUGAGUGAGCGUUCGUUGAUGCGUACCUUGGAAGGUGGUUGUACUGUACCUAUUGGUGUGAAUUCAUGGUUAAAGCACAACGAGAGAAUUUUGUGUCUGCGAGGGCUUGUGGCUAGUUUGGACGGUCAAAAUGUGGUAGAGUUUGAAGAUGAAUUAUCAUUUGCCAAUGUGACUUCCACGAAAGAAAAAGAAGCAUUGGCGGUCCAACUUGGCAAUGCAGUAGCAAAAGCACUUAUCAACCUUGGCGCGGGCGCCAUAUUAAAUGAACUCUCCAACAUUCAACAUUAA